AUGUCAGUGGCACUGAACUGCAAGUCACUGGAGGCUGGGGAAGACAGUGUGAACCUGAUGGCUUAUGAUGGCAGAUCAAAGUAUGGAUGCCGAUCUCAAAUGUCAGUGUGGAUUGGAGCUGCUGGAGUGUGUCUGGGGCUUCUUCUGCUGAUUCUGAUCUUAGGUGUGGUGGCCCACAAUUCCGGUGCCAUCAGUCACUGGGACGUGAAGUGUGAAAACCUGAUCUACAGCCUGACUGUCGACAGAGACAAUCUGAGAAAUGAGCUGGACCAACUGAAGAUUCAAUCCAGCAACCUGACGAGAGAUAUGGAGGUACUUCAGAGCCAAUACAACACCAUGGCGGCGAGUCGAGAUAAACUACAAGAGGAGGUCAUAAGGUUAAACGAGACACUCAGAACCAGAAGCAAAGACUCAAACAGAACAGGUCAACCUUGCAUCCAAGGAUGGAAAACAUUCAGGAACAAGUGCUACUAUUUCUCUCCCAGCGGAGUGACUAAAACCUGGGACGCCAGCAGGAAAGACUGUAAAGAAAGAGGAGCAGACCUGGUGAUUAUAACCACACAGGAAGAGCUGAUAUUUGUCAGCAAAAUGUAUGCAGUCACCUGGAUCGGUUUGACUGACAGAGAGCAGGAGAACAUGUGGAAGUGGGUGGAUGGGACUGAUCUAGUAGGCGAAUUCUGGCAAGCCGGGGAGCCCAAUAAUAGUGAUGGAGGUGAGGAUUGUGCUGAGGUCUCACGUUCGGCAAAGAAAUUUAAUGAUGUGCCUUGUAGCAGAAAAUUUUCAUGGGCAUGUGAGGCUUGAAUCCCUGUGGCUAGCCAUUCAUUUGUCUUUCACUUCAUGUAAUUCAAGCCCUAUCAGCCAUUGUACAGUAGGCUAACCCACUGCCUCAUGAUCUGAUUGUUAUUACUCUUCCAUACAAUAAUAGACAGCCCUUCAAAUAUACUGUUACUUUAUUAUUUUUUUAAUUUCUUUUAUGAAAUAAAAGCACUAAAUAAAUAUAAAUGUGAUAUAUCCAUUGAAUGAGCUUCCUUUAGUUUUCAUUAUCUUACUUAUUAAUAUUUUGUUCCUACUUGUAUCAAUAAUUUGUAAUUAAAAGCAAAAAAAAUACAAGUGUAAGCACAAAGUUGUAUCUUCUGGAUGUUUUCUUCGACUGCUUCUAAAAUAAACAAUAAAAACAUGGAAAAUAGAAUAA